AUGCGUAUAGAACUCCCCGUUUGUAAUAAGUGUUGUAUGUGCUUACCUUUGCGGUACGGUUUAAUCGUAUGGGGAUAUUUUAGACUGAUCUUAGCCAGCUUCGUCUUAGUCUGUAUAUCUUUUAUAAUAGAGCGAUAUGUACAACUGCUGAGGUCUGAAAAUCCUGUUAAACAUGAAGUCGCAAUAUCUGAGUACGUAGUUUUAUGUUUGGCAGCUAUACUAGUGAUUGCAGAUAUUAUGCUGGGAAUUAUAUUCAUCGUUGGAUGCUAUAAGAAAAACACCAAAUUAAUCCGGAAAUACUACCACCAUAAUCUAUUUUUGUUGACGUUAUUAAUACCACUAUGUCUGUAUAUUUUCGGAAUAUACUUAAUCGAUAUGAUUAGAUCUAUGCCGUUAUUGGAUCUUACUUUGUAUGUAAUCACUGACUUUGUCGGACUAUUUGCUUAUAUCACUAUACAAAUUUACAUAAUACUACUCAUCAGAAGUGAGAUCAUCAAAUUGAAAAAGGGUUCUGAAUAUAGAUUUGAAAACAAAGUGGCUGAAGCGGAAAUUCCCUUGAAUGUUGUUAUCUCAAAUGGAGGAAACAAGGAAGAGAUAGGCUAUGACGAUGAUAAUAUGAGUAUUAUUUAA